AUGGCCGCAUCGUUCCAAACAAACCUCAUCCUCAUUCUCUUGGCCUUAGUCCUCUCCUCCUCCGCCACCACCGCACAGGAACUCGACGAGACCGAAUCGCUCAGCCUUGGGCCCGAGAAGCUAACCCGCUUCCGCCUCUAUCUGCAUGAGAUAUUCGACGGAAGCAAUGCCACCGUCGUGUACGCAGCCCACGGGAACGCGACCAACCUGGUCUUUGGCACUGUGUCGGUGUUGAACGACAUCAUGGCCCUUGGACCCGAAGCGGACUCGAAAGUCGUCGGCCGGGCCCAAGCCCUCUUGGCCAUCGCCUCGCAGACCGAGUCCGCUCUGACGAUGAUCAUGAACUUCGUGUUUACCGAUGGCAAGUUCAACGGGAGCGUGCUGACCUUAGCGGGGAGGAACAACUUGAAUCUCAAGGUCAGAGAGGUGCCGAUCGUGGGCGGGACCGGAGCUUUCCAGUUCGCUCGGGGCUAUGUUCGCACGAGCACGGUUUUCAUCAACCAAAUCAACAAGACCGCGGUGGCGGAGUACAACGUGUCUGUCUUACAUUAUUGA